AUGGUCUACCUUCGAUCUUGCGCAGUGGUUGCUAAUAAUGCCUCCCUGAGGACCUUCGCCAUUGACUACCACCAGGACUGCUUCCUCAAGGAUGGCCAGCGGUUUCGCUACAUUUCAGGGAGCAUUCACUAUCACCGCAUACCCCGCUUCUACUGGAAAGACCGACUGUUGAAGAUGAAGAUGGCGGGGCUGAAUGCCAUCCAGAUGUACGUGCCCUGGAACUUCCACGAGCCCCAGCCGGGGAAGUACCAGUUUUCCGACGACCACGAUGUGGAGCAUUUUAUCCAGCUGGCUCAUGGACUGGGUCUGCUGGUCAUCCUGCGGCCUGGCCCGUACAUCUGUGCGGAGUGGGACAUGGGGGGAUUACCUGCUUGGCUAUUAGAGAAAGAAUCCAUUUGUCUCCGUUCUUCUGAUCCAGACUACAUUGCCGCCGUGGAUAAAUGGUUGGGAGUUCUCCUGCCUAAGAUGAAGCCUCUCCUCUAUCAGAACGGAGGGCCGAUAAUCACCGUGCAGGUUGAAAACGAGUAUGGCAGCUACUUUACCUGUGAUUACAACUACCUGCGCUUCCUCCAGAAGUGCUUCCGCCGCCACCUCGGGGAUGAGGUGCUUCUGUUCACCACCGAUGGUCUAUCUGCGAAGUCAGUGGGGUGCGGGACGCUGGAGGGUUUUUACACCACCGUGGACUUUGGGACAGGUGCCAAUAUCACAGCUGCUAUCCAAGUCCAGAGGAAGUUUGAGCCGAGAGGACCCUUGGUCAAUUCUGAAUUCUACACUGGCUGGUUAGACCACUGGGGUGCAGAGCAUUCGAGAGUCUCUACUCAGGCUGUGACCUCCUCACUCUAUAACUUGCUGGCCCUUGGGAUGAAUGUGAACAUGUACAUGUUCAUAGGGGGGACCAAUUUUGGCUUUUGGAAUGGGGCAAACAUGCCGUAUGCACCGCAGCCCACCAGCUACGACUACGAUGCCCCACUGAGCGAGGCCGGCGACCUCACAGAGAAAUACUUUGCUAUACGGGACGUUAUCCGAAAGUUUGAGAAAGUACCAGAGGGCCUUAUCCCUCCAUCCACACCAAAGUUUGCAUAUGGAAAAGUUACUCUGAGAAAGUUGAAGACAGUGGGAGAGGCUCUGGAUGUCCUGUCCCCCGCUGGGCCUGUGAAAAGCCUUUAUCCCUUGACAUUUGUCAAAGUGAAACAGUAUUUUGGGUUUGUGUUGUACCGAACAACACUUCCUGAAAAUUGCAGCAGCCCGACACCCCUCUCUGUACCCACUGGAGGAGUCCACGACCGAGCCUAUGUCUCUGUGAAUGGGGUCCCCCAGGGAAUCCUUGAGCGAGGCAAGGAGACCUCUCUGAACAUAACAGGAGUAGCUGGAGCCACUCUGGACCUGCUGGUGGAGAACAUGGGGCGUGUGAACUAUGGCAGAUAUAACAAUGACUUUAAGGGUUUGAUUUCUAACGUGACCCUCCACAACCGUGUCCUCACAGACUGGCUCAUCUUUCCCCUGAACACGGAGGACGCUGUGCGCAGCCACCUGGGGGGCAGGAGUGACCAUGGCAACAGAUGCUGCCGUAAGAGUGGUGACAAAAGGCCUCACAGUCCAUUGAACUUCACUCUCCCAGCCUUUCACGUGGGAAACUUCUCCAUUCCCACCGACAUCCCCGACCUGCCCCAGGACACUUUCAUCCAGUUUCCUGGCUGGACCAAGGGCCAGGUAUGGAUCAACGGGUUUAACCUGGGCCGCUAUUGGCCUGCACGGGGCCCCCAGAUGACCUUGUUUGUGCCACAAAACAUCCUGGUGACCUCGGUCCCCAACACUGUGGUCGUGCUGGAACUGGAGCGCUCGCCCUGUGAGGUCCCUGAGCUGUGCACCGUGGAGUUUGUGGACAAGCCAGUGAUUGGCAAGCUCGCUACCACAAAGGUGCCUAGGAAGAACUCAUGA